AUGCCUGCAACCAACCUCCAAGACGUGUCAAUGGCAGUUGUCGACAUCUUUGCCGGUGAUGUCGACGGCGCCGAAGUCGUUGUCGAGGUGUACGGGAAGCGCGUUGCGGUGUCGGUGUUCUCUGGCGCCUCGCCAGGGCAGCACACCGUAGAGGAUCACCUUAUCAAACUUCUCAACCUUGCUGCUACUGUCGAUGAUGACACGGAAUAUGACGCCGCCAUUGGCAAUAUCCUAGAUAUUCUAGAAGCCGCUGGGGGGUCCGUCUUUAGACAGGAGCCCCCUACUUCGGCCGAAAGACUGGCCAGCCCGGAUAACCUACAUUCGGUCCUGUAUCCCGAAACACCAAACUUCCAGCUCAAGACUGUGAACGGUAUUCCCAAUAUUCUCCCAAUCAGUCCUAUCGACGCGUAUGCCGACCUUGGUCACCCUGAUUGCGAUGUCGACGUCGAUUUUGACAUCAAUGACACGCUUCCUCAAUAUUCCUCCAAAAAUGUUCUUGUCCAGGAUGUCCUUGUUCGUGGCGGAAGUGUCGUCAGUCAGGUCUUGGUGGAUGAGCAGCCUGUCAUGCUUUGCAAGGCUGGCGAGACUGGAUUGUUUGAUCAUAGGGUGCGGCGGGAACUGGAGGCGCUGAGGAAAGUUGAUGGCGCUCGCGCAAGCUUUGCCUCGGAAAUCCGCGUCCCCAAACUGCUUGGAUACGUCAAGCACGCCGAGCUGGGAACUGUUAUCGGACUGUUGCGGGAAUGGAUCCCCUCUGGCUUGGAACCACCGCUUGACCAACUUGACAGUACGGAGAAGAGUCAGACAAUCGAUUGCCUUCAUGAGAUCGGGGUGGUCUGGGGAGAUGGGAAGAUAAACAAUGUUGUCAUCGACAGGGACGAUAAUGCGUGGUUGAUUGAUUUUGGGGGUGGUUGGACCAAAGACUGGGUCGACAGAGAUCUGGCCGGCACGGUAGUGGGGGACAAGCAGGCCAUUCAAAGCAUUGCCAGGUAUCUAAGAGUGGACGGCGAUACUUAG